CCGGCUCCUCCCUCGGCCCGCCUUCACACACGUUUAUCUUGUGACUGCCGCGGCCGCUUCUUCCUACCUAGAUCCCAAAUCCUCCCUGGCCGCGAUGCGUUUCCUGGCCGCGAAGUUCCUGCUGCUGGCGUUCGUCGCCGCAGCACAGGCCGAGCCCGUGUUCUUCAAGGAUUGCGGCUCUAUGGUUGGAGUGAUAAAGGAGGUGAACGUGAGCCCCUGCUCUACCCAGCCCUGUGCACUACACAAAGGACAGUCCUAUAGUGUCAAUGUUACCUUCACCAGCAGCACUCAAUCUGAAAAUAGCACAGCUCAGGUUCAUGGCAUCCUGGCAGGUGUCCCAGUCUUCUUUCCUAUUCCUGAGCCUGAUGGUUGUAAGUGUGGAAUCAACUGCCCCAUCCAGAAAGAUAAGACCUAUAGCUACCUGAAUAAACUGCCGGUGAAGAAUGAAUACCCCUCUAUAAAGCUGGUGGUGGAGUGGAAACUUGAGGAUGAUAAAAAUAAAAAUCUCUUCUGCUGGAGAAUCCCAGUAGAGAUCAAAAGCUAAGCUCUUUGAUGCCCUUAUGUCUAUGUGGGGGUGAAAGUCUAUGGAUGGAGGUGGGCAAGGAAAUGGAAGAGAAAUCAUACCUGAAAUUGAAUCAGUACCAUAAGAUGAAAAGAAUUCCAAGACUGUUUUAUUUGUCCUAUAGUGUCUAUGACCCUACUUCUUGAGAGCUCAGAGCUGUUGCCUUUGUGAUAUCCUUAGUCAAGAAAGCUGGGUGUGGUGGCAUACACCUUUAAUUCCAGCAUUCUGGAGGCAGAGGCAGGCGGAUCUCUGAAUUCGAUGCCAGCCUGGUCUACAUAGUUCCAGAUCAGGCAGAACUAUAUAAUAAAAUCCUGUCUUUAAAAAAAAAAAUGGCAGGUUGGGGUGGGGGAGACUGUAGGAAUAGUUUAAUAGUUUCCAUUGUUUGCUGUUGGAUUAAGGGAGAUCCCACAAGACAGAAUGGGGAGGAGGAUUGCUUGGGAUGUCAGAUAACUUGACCCCAGGCUAUUGGUCCUCACUAUGAAGGAUGGCUUCCAAGAGACUUCUCUCUAGAUGGGGAUGUUAUUUCUACAGUUUCCUCAUCUUUAAGUGCCUCCCUGAGACCUGUGAACCUGGCUACCAAGCCUACUGAGCACCUCUGGCCGACUGCUUCAACAGUAGUGAUUUGCUCUCCACUGUAUCCAGAGAUUGGUUGGAGAGAGAUCUUUUACAGCAGAAAUUCAGUUCUGGGUGGCUGGUUUUCUGUGGUUAGCUCUUGUUUCUUAAGUCAUUUUCAUUAAAGAUAAUACUUGGCUAAUAGAUGUUUGUUUAUUUUAGCAAUAUUAACUUGUAUCUUUGCGCACUUGAAAAUGAGCUUUUGAAUAAAUAAAUUGCCAUUCUUGCCUUUUG